AUGGUGAGUAAAGGUCUGACUGCUGGUGGUGGUACAGGGCUGACUGCUGGUGGUGGUGGCACAGGGCUACCUGCUGGUGGUGACACAGGGCUGACUGCUGGUGGUGGUGGCACAGGGCUACCUGCUGGUGGUGGUGGCACAGAGCUGACUGCUGGUAGUGGCAUAGGGCUGACUGCUGGUGGUGGCACAGGGCUGACUGCUGGUGGUGGCACAGGGCUGACUGCUGGUGGUGACACAGGGCUGACUGCUGGUGGUGGUGGCACAGGACUGACUGCUGGUGGUGGCACAGGGCUGACUGCUGGUGGUGGUGGCAGCACAGGGCUGACUACUGGUGAUGGUGGCACAGGGCUGACUGCUGGUGGUGGUGGGUCAGGGCUACCUGCUGGUGGUCGCACAGGGCUGACUGCUGGUGGUGGCGGCACAGGGCUGACUGCUGGUGGUGGCAUAGGGCUGACUGCUGGUGGUGGUGGCGGCACAGGGCUGACUACUGGUGGUGGUGGCACAGGGCUACCUGCUGGUGGUGGUGGGUCAGGGCUACCUGCUGGUGGUGGCACAGGGCUGACUGCUGGUGGUGGCGGCACAGGGCUGACUGCUGGUGGUGGCAUAGGGCUGACUGCUGGUGGCGGUGGCACAGGGCUGACUACUGGUGGUGGUGGCGGCACAGGGCUGACUGCUGGUGGUGGUGGCGGCACAGGGCUGACUAGUGGUGGUGGUGGCACAGGGCUACCUGCUGGUGGUGGUGGGUCAGGGCUACCUGCUGGUGGUGGCACAGGGCUGACUGCUGGUGGUGGCGGCACAGGGCUGACUGCUGGUGGUGGCAUAGGGCUGACUGCUGGUGGCGGUGGCACAGGGCUGACUACUGGUGGUGGCACAGGGCUACCUGCUGGUGGUGGCAUAGGGCUGACUGCUGGUGGUGGCACAGGGCUGACUGCUGGUGGUGGUGGCACAGGGCUGACUACUGGUGGUGGCACAGGGCUACCUGCUGGUGGUGGCAUAGGGCUGACUGCUGGUGGUGGCACAGGGCUGACUGCUGGUGGUGGUGGCACAGGACUGACUACUGGUGGUGGCACAGGGCUACCUGCUGGUGGUGGCAUAGGGCUGACUGCUGGUGGUGGCACAGGGCUGACUGCUGAUGGUGGUGGCACAGGGCUGACUACUGGUGAUGGUGGCACAGGGCUGACUGCUGUUGGUGGUGGCACAGGGUUGACUGCUUGUGGUAGCAUAGGGCUGACUGCUGGUGGUGGCACAGGGCUGACUGCUGGUGGUGGCACAGGGCUACCUGCUGGUGGUGGCACAGGGCUGACUGCGGGUGCUCAUAGACUGCUAUGA